UGUGACCUAACCUCCUGAGACCGCGUCGACCGUGAUUUGUGCACGCUACGCUCCAGCCUUCCGGAGUUCAAUCUGUUCGAAGUAAAACAUCUUUCCGCGGAUAUAUCCGCGACAAUUUGCGACGAUCUGUGACCCCCGGUCAUGUAUUCCAUAUGCAAAAGUACUCAUCCCGCAACGGGAGUCGAGCACGCGAUCACAUGUCACUUCUUCAACCGUACUGAGAAAUGUCUCGUUGUUGCCGGCGCGGAUGUUAUACGGGUGUUUCGCCUAAUUCCCGACGUCGACAUGACAAGAAGGGAAAAAUACACAGAAAUGCGCCCCCCUAAAAUGAAACUGGAGUGCUUGGCGCAGUAUACUUUGCACGGGAACAUCAUGUCCAUGCAGGCCGUUCAUCUCAUCGGAUCGCAAAGGGAUUCUCUGCUGCUCAGCUUCCGCGACGCAAAACUGUCCGUUGUCGAGUACGAUCAGGACAUUCACGACCUGAGAACGGUGUCGUUGCAUUACUUUGAGGAGGAAGAGAUAAAGGAUGGAUGGACGAAUCAUCAUCAUAUACCGAUAGUAAGAGUGGAUCCUGAAGGAAGAUGCGCAGUAAUGUUGAUAUUCGGUAGAAAACUGGUUGUGCUACCUUUUCGUAAGGACCCCAGUCUUGAUGACGGUGACUUACUUGACACUGCGAAAUUAUCGUCUUCCAAUAAGACUCCAAUAUUGUCCUCAUACAUGAUAGUAUUGAAAACACUGGAGGAGAAGAUGGAUAAUGUGAUAGACUUACAGUUUUUGCAUGGAUAUUAUGAACCUACACUAUUAAUUUUAUACGAACCAGUAAGAACAUUCUCAGGGCGUAUCGCGGUGAGACAGGACACUUGCGCAAUGGUUGCCAUAUCUUUGAAUAUUCAGCAAAGGGUUCAUCCUAUCAUUUGGUCAGUCUCCAAUUUGCCGUUUGACUGUUACCAAGCUGUACCUGUGAAGAAACCGCUGGGUGGCACCUUGAUAAUGGCAGUCAACUCGCUUAUUUAUUUAAAUCAAAGCAUACCACCUUAUGGAGUAUCACUUAAUAGUUUAGCAGACACAAGUACAAAUUUUCCAUUAAAGCCGCAGGAAGGAGUAAAGAUGAGUUUGGAAGGAGCGCAGGUAGCAUUUAUAUCUGCGGAUCGUUUAGUUAUUUCUUUGAAAAGUGGAGAACUCUAUGUUUUGUCUCUCUUUGCCGACAGUAUGCGAUCUGUGCGUGGAUUUCACUUUGACAAGGCUGCUGCUAGUGUGUUAACAUCAUGUGUAUGUAUGUGCGAGGAUAAUUAUCUUUUCCUCGGGUCUCGACUUGGUAAUUCGUUACUAUUGCGAUUCACGGAGAAGGAACCGGAAACUUUGAAAAAUCUGAAUGGUGGUGAGAUUACCAUUGAAGAAAAUGAAAGUGAAGAAACUCCAGCUAAGAAGGCGAAGCAAGACUUUCUUGGCGACUGGAUGGCGUCGGAUGUAUUGGAUAUCAAAGAUCCAGAAGAGUUAGAAGUGUAUGGUAGCGAAACUCAUACAUCUAUUCAGAUCACUUCAUAUAUUUUUGAGGUAUGUGACAGUUUAUUGAACAUUGGACCAUGUGGAAAUAUUUCAAUGGGAGAACCAGCCUUCCUAUCGGAAGAAUUUCUACAGAAUCAAGAUCCUGAUGUAGAACUUGUGACGACAUCCGGAUAUGGAAAGAAUGGUGCACUUUGCGUAUUGCAACGUUCUAUACGUCCUCAGGUUGUGACAACAUUUGAGCUUCCUGGCUGUGAAGACAUGUGGACUGUCAUUGGCACAUUAAAUAACGAUGAAAUCAAGACGGAAGCAGAAGGAUCUCACGCUUUCUUGAUAUUGAGUCAAGAAGAUUCAACUAUGAUUCUGCAAACCGGUCAAGAGAUUAAUGAGGUAGAUCAGAGUGGAUUCAGUACACAGGGGAGUACAGUAUUCGCCGGUAAUCUUGGUGCUAACCGAUACAUUGUACAAGUUACUCAAAUGGGAGUGCGUCUUUUGCAAGGCAUUGAACAAAUUCAACAUAUGCCUAUAGAUCUUGGUUGUCCAAUUGUGCAUGCAAGUUGUGCCGAUCCAUACGUAGCGUUACUCUCGGAAGACGGACAAGUGAUGUUAUUGACACUUAGAGAAGUAAGAGGCACAGCAAGAUUGCAUGCUCAAACUGCCAAUCUACUGUUUCGGCCGCAGAUAGAGGCAUUAUGCGCUUAUAGAGACGUAAGCGGGAUUUUUACGACGCAAUUACUUGAGAAUGCAGACGAUGAGCAGACUGAAGAAGAAUACAAUGUAGAGGAACCUUCCGUACUUAGCAAUAUCGAUAAUGAAGACGAUCUAUUGUACGGCGAUGCCCCAGCAUUCCAAAUGCCUGCACCAUCAUAUCCAAAAGCAUCAGAUGGAACUGCUAAAAAACUACCUUGGUGGCAAAGGCAUUUGCAAGAAAUUAAGUCCACGUACUGGCUACUUGUAUAUAGAGACAGUGGGACGCUGGAAAUCUAUUCCUUACCUGAUUUACGAUUAUCUUAUCUUAUUCGCAACUUUGGCUUCGGCCAGUAUGUAUUGCACGACAGUAUGGAAUCCACAACUUUGCAGUCAACGCCACUCAAUGAAAUUCCCCACCCUGAUAUGCAGGUCCGUGAAAUUCUGAUGGUUGCUCUAGGACAUCAUGGAAGUCGACCGAUGCUCUUAGUACGUCUCGACUCAGAAUUGCAAAUAUAUCAAGCUUACAGGUAUCCAAAGGGAUAUCUAAAACUGAGGUUUAAGAAAUUGGACCAUGGAAUAAUUCCGGGACGUUUAAGUCCAAGACCCAAGGAGGAAGAUAUCCCAAGGAACACGAGCGACUCUCGCAUUUGCGUGAUGCGUUACUUUAGCAAUAUCGCCGGGUAUAAUGGAGUAUUUAUCUGCAGCGAUUAUCCACAUUGGAUAUUUUUAACUGGACGUGGUGAAUUACGCACGCAUCCAAUGGGCAUUGAUGGCUCCGUCACAUCUUUCGCUGCUUUUAAUAAUAUUAAUUGUCCUCAAGGUUUCCUGUACUUUAAUAGAAAGGAAGAGCUACGGAUAUGCGUUUUACCAACUCAUUUAUCGUACGACGCUCCGUGGCCAGUUAGAAAAGUUCCCUUAAGAUGUACCCCGCAUUUUGUUACGUACCAUCUCGAAAGCAAGACCUACUGCGUUAUAACAAGCACAGCUGAACCUCUGAAAAGUUACUACAGAUUUAACGGCGAAGACAAGGAAUUUACGGAAGAGGAACGUCCAGAAAGAUUUCUUUAUCCAACCCAAGAACAAUUUUCCAUUGUGCUAUUUUCUCCGGUUUCAUGGGAAACUAUUCCCAAUACAAAAAUCGAGCUGGACCAAUGGGAACAUGUCACUUGUUUAAAGAAUGUAUCUCUGGCUUAUGAAGGAACAAGAUCUGGUUUGAAAGGUUACAUAGUAUUAGGAACAAAUUAUAAUUACGGCGAAGAUAUCACAAGCAGAGGACGAAUACUUAUAUUCGACAUAAUUGAAGUAGUACCUGAGCCUGGCCAGCCAUUAACUAAAAAUAGAUUUAAACAGAUUUAUGCGAAGGAACAAAAGGGACCUAUAACUGCUAUAACACAAGUAUCAGGAUUCUUAGUCUCAGCUGUUGGACAAAAGAUAUAUAUUUGGCAAUUAAAAGAUAACGAUCUUGUCGGAGUCGCUUUUAUUGAUACCCAAAUCUACAUCCAUCAAAUGCUAAGUAUUAAAAGUCUUAUUCUGAUAGCCGACGUUUACAAAUCCAUUAGUUUGCUGAGAUUUCAGGAAGAAUAUAGGACACUCUCUCUUGUCAGCAGAGAUUUUAGACCUGCGGAAGUAUACACAAUAGAGUAUUUAAUUGAUAAUACAAAUUUAGGUUUUGUUGUGGCUGAUGGGGAGAGCAAUUUAGCUUUAUUUAUGUAUCAACCGGAGUCCAGAGAAAGUCUGGGAGGUCAAAAGCUAAUUAGAAAGGCGGAUUUUCAUCUAGGACAAAAAGUAAACACUUUCUUUCGUAUUAGAUGUAGAGUCACCGAUCCUGCAAAUGACAAGAAACAGUUUUCUGGUGCUGAUAAAAGACAUGUUACUAUGUACGCAUCGUUGGACGGCAGCCUUGGUUAUAUUCUACCAGUACCAGAAAAAACAUAUCGGAGAUUACUUAUGUUACAAAACGUGCUGGUUACACAUAUCUGUCACAUUGCAGGCUUGAAUCCAAAAGCUUAUCGCACGUAUAAAAGUUACGUACGAAAUCAAGGGAAUCCGGCAAGGGGCAUCAUUGAUGGCGAUUUGGUUUGGCGUUACCUCUUCUUACCAAACAAUGAGAAAGCAGAUUUGGCAAAGAAAAUUGGAACGCGCGUUCAAGAGAUUAUUGAAGAUAUUAUUGAGAUUGAUCGGCAAACGGCCCAUUUUUAAUUGCAAUUGUAUUAUAUUU